CGUGUUGUAUUGUCCGAGAAAAAAAUAAGACUGACAGGACAUUGUCAUCGUAAUCAUCUCAGCGAAGCGGCAACUUUGGGGAAUAAUAUGCAACCGUUAAGGUUAGCAGCUGCCAUCGCCGGACGGAGGGCUUAUACCAAUUACUGGGCCCCGGCCACCAUCGGUCAGCGGCUGGCGGUGUCGGCCUCGUCCGGGCGCAACGCUGAUCCCGACGUCCACGCCAGGGACUAUGACGAGCCAGUGGUUUUCUCCGGAGAGCCAGAAGAAACGAAGAACGUUGCGGAGCCUAAGCCAGCAGCUGAGGCUCCCCAAGAGGCCCAACACAAACCCAACAAAUCAGCGUCCUCCGACCCCUUCGCGCAUCCGAAGCCUCCGCACUUGUCCUCCCAGCGGCUCGAGUCCUCCGGAGCAUACAACCCUUCAGAGCCCAACACCGAGCAGAGACGACGCAACACUUCAUCCUCUGCCAACCUCGAGUCGGUGUCCUGCGCCGGGCUCGAUGGCUCCCCGUGGCCGAGCGAAGCCGAGGAUGGUCAAGGCAGGGCGGAGCGUAGCAAGAGGGGUGACCAGGUCGAAGAUGACAGCGACUACUAUAAGCACCACCAGGCGUCUCCGCUGUCGGAGGUCGAGUUUGCCGACACGAGAAAGCCCAUAACGAGGGCCACGGAUGGAACAGCGGGUUCUUCGUACUACGGUGGGAACCCAGACGUGGUGGGGUGGCGGCCCGAGCAGCUGGACACAGCGGAGGAGGCUCUUCUCAGGGCCGUCAGGAUAUGGCGUGAGUCGGCCAUGAGGGGCGACCCGGACGCACCUCAAUCCAAGGUGUUGAGGGCCCUUCGAGGUGAAGUCUGACAUGUAAAUUUGUUCUAGCUGUGUGUGAGUGAUGCUUUGACGAUUUUGUGGUUGUGUUUGUUUUCGAUUCGUUCCUGUCGUUCUUGGCCGAUAAUGUAGACAAGUUGUACUAUGUAUGUUUGUCUUAAUUUUUUUUUUUUUUUUGUGAAGGUAUUUGUCCCUUUGUUAUGUCAAGUAGAUGUAGCCUGAACAUAGGUUUAGUCGAAGCAAUUCGAUA